GUUAUGCAUCCAUCUCUACAUCCACAUCUGCACGGACCGAAGUGCCAGGAAAUCAUUAUCCUUUUACACCAAUGCCAUAAUCAGCAUCCACUUGCCAAGUUUAUUGGGAAGUGUAACUACUUGACUCGAGCAUUGGACAGAUGCCUGCAAGAAGAAUAUCAAGAAAGGAGAAAGAAGAACUUUGAGGAAGCAAAGUUGAGACGGGAACGAUGGAAACAGGACGCUCGGAAGUAGCCACAUUCUGUAAACGUGUUCUUCAUUUAUCCUAGCAUUUAUUAGUACUUGAUUUUGAUACAACAAA